CUUCAACACUUUGAGACACAUUGGCCGUGGGCAGUUCGCGGGGGCGAUUUAUAGUAAUCCGCCUUCAGUUUGUCUCGAUUGCAUAAGCCCAUGGCCGCUCGGGGGCAUGGUAAAUUGCAUCCGGUUGCCAAAUAACCCUGAUUUGGGAAGUACAUAUUGAAGGGCUUUCAUCCUUUGCGACGCCUCUUCUAAACGUUCAUUGCACGCUCUCUUCGUUUAAAACAUCCAUCAUACUCAUUUCUCAACCAGACUAGGUCGCGCGAGAUUGUGUGCACCGCACGCCCCGCUCGUGAAACGCGGGCAUAUAUUGGAACCUCGAUCUCUCGUAGUUCUUCUUACGGCGACCUUUGAUCUUUUCUUAAUUUGCCAACUCACACAUUCCACACCUGCCAACCACGUAACACGUUUCCUCAAUGGUGCUCGGCCUGACGCUUGGAAAAUCUAAACGAAAACACUCUGUCAAUGAGGAGCCUGAGCCUGUACACCUCAGAGCUUCCCCAUCCCUCCCUGAGCUCAAUCCCACUGCCGUCUCCUGGCCUUCGAACCUUGUCACCGAUACUAACUUCAACCUUGACGAUGCCACCUCCAAGCAGAAUGGGAAUGUGAGAGCGUCUCUCUCCCGACAAAGCAGUGGCCGAACGAUCUCGUUCAGCAAGCCUUUCAAAAGGUUCUCGGUCUCAACGACUAUUGGGGAUGCAAGAGAGAAGAAAGACAGUAUGGGGUCUUCAUACCCUCCUUCUGCAUUUGAACGUGCUGCAGGUAUUAUUGGUAGCCCAUUACGUUCCAAGAGACGGCCGCAAAACAUCGUCCCUAAUUUCAACAUCAUGAUUGUCGGAACUGUCGGAAGCGGGAAGACCAGUUUGAUGCGUUUACUUCUUGGAACGAGCAACAUCUCGAAGGGUGCUACGCCCGAACAGCGAGCUAAAGUUGAACAGAUCCUCCAGAAUCCGUCUCUAUCGCAUGACUCGGCUGUGAAUUCUGCUUCGGUUGAGAUCGAAGAAGGCGCGGAGCGUCUAAUUUUAACUUUGCUUGAUACUCCUGGUUUCCACCACAACGAAUUAGACUUGGAACGAGCCAUCACAACUCUGGUUCGGAUGGUCGGGGCGAGAUAUGAUGAGACGCUCAACGAAGAGAGUAAAGUUGUACGACAGAGCGGCAAGGGGGAUCAUCACAUUCAUUUAUGUCUAUACCUUAUUUCACCCACAUCGCUGAGGGAAUAUGGAGACAGUCAUCUCAAGCUUGACAAGGCCGAUAUCACAGCUGUCCAACGGCUUUCUGAACGUGUCAACGUUCUUCCCAUUCUCACCAAAGCAGAUACCAUGACGGACGAACGGAUGGCACUGGUGAAGGCAGCCGUGAAUCGGGACCUCCGAGCGGCAGGCCUCCCUAUAACGCUUUUGGGUUCCACAGAUGUCGAACCUUCGGAUGCUAUGGAGAUAGAUUUGCAGGAGGAUGCUGAGUACCAAGAUGAGAAUGAGCCCGUGCCUGCUGAGCCAACUCCUCACGUCGUACGGAUACGCCCGACCUCCGCAUACAUCAAGGCUAAACGCCGGCGUACUUUCAGUCAGCGUUCAAGAUCUCGUGCGCGGGCAGCGUUGACCGAUGAGGAUCUCGAAUUGUUCGGAGAUUCUGGCACUGGUUUGUUUACCAUGAAUGAUUUGCGAAAUGCCCUUCCCUUCGCCGUCAUGUCGCCCAACAAGCUGCCUACUGCCUUGGGCUCUUUUUUGUACAAGGAUGCGCCUGAUGGUGGACUCUUUCCUCCAAGCUACGUGGAAGCGCUGUCCCAGAAUAGGGGACAAUUCACGCGGAAAUACCGAUGGGGCCCAGCUGAUGUACUUGAUCCACAACACUGUGACUAUCUUGCGCUUCGGCAUUCUAUAUUAGGUGUUCGGAUGAAGAUGUUGAAACGGACCACCCGCGAAGUGUUGUAUGAGAAGUAUCGCACAGAACAACUUCUUGCCCGACGACGAUCAAUGAAGACCAACACCGAGAUGUUGUAGCUAGCGUGUGUCUUCGUGCUCCAUUUUAGACCUGAUGACGAUGUCUAGGCCACGGCACAUCAAACCUUUCAACCAUUUCACAAUAAUAGGGAGUUUUCUUGUCUUGCUUUAUACUCUCCUCAACUGGAAUCUGGGAAAUUAUUAUAUUCUUGCUUAUUUCAGCCUCGGUACCUCACUCCUCUCCUUUAUCUGUCGCCCAAUUCACUCAUUUUGCUUUCAUCUCGUGUUCGCCGGUCAUCGAGUGGCAUGGCCCCUUCACC